CUGCACGAUGUCCGACCCUAGCAACAACCCCAUCUACCGUCGCCUUUCCGCCAUACCGAAUAUCAUCCUCGUUCUCUCAGGCAAAGGCGGUGUGGGCAAGUCAAGUGUCUCUGUCCAGCUCGCCCUCUCUUUGUAUGCCCUUCUAUCCCGACCGCGUGUGGCGCUGCUAGAUAUUGACCUCACUGGUCCUUCGAUACCUCGUAUGCUCCAUUUGCCCCAAGGAACGUCUGUGCAUCAGAGCACUGCCGGAUGGGUUCCUGCCUAUGCCGACGGUGAGGAGCAGAGGCUUGCCUGUAUGAGUACGGGAUUGUUGUUGAAGAGGAGAGAGGAAAGUGUUGUAUGGAGAGGACCGAAGAAGAAUGCCAUGAUCCGGCAGUUUUUGAGCGAGGUGCGCUGGGGAGAUGAUGUUGAUUACCUUGUUAUAGACACGCCACCUGGAACAUCCGAUGAGCAUCUAUCAUUACUCGAACAUCUCUCUCCGCUCGCUUCUCGCCUAUCUUCCGUUCUCGUCACGACACCACAAGCGUUAUCUCUCGUCGACUGCCUCAAGUCACUCUCCUUCACCCGUACUGUCUCCCUUCCUCUACUCGGUAUCAUAGAGAACCUUGCUGGCUACGUCUGCCCCUGUUGCGGGGAGAUCAGCAACGUCUUCUCCACCGGCGGAGGUGAGGAUCUGGCGAGGAAGGAGGGAGUGCGGUUCCUGGGGCGCUUGCCGGUGGACACAAAGCUCGUCGAGUUGCUUGAUGGAAGAUUGCCUGAGGGCAUGUAUGCAGAAGAGUUCAAGCUGCUGGAGGCGUACAAAUGUACAACGAAUGGAAAGUUGUUUGAGGGUAUCGUGCAGAAGGUAUUGGAAGGGGUUGAACGGCUUGGCAAGGGGGAAGAGGUGCCCGGAUUCAGUGAAGAGGAUGUGAUAGCGUUGAGGGAGGCGACGAGUGGGGUGGGACACUGAAGAUUAUCGGAUGCAGUGAAGGAAAUUGUGUAGGGCGAUACCGCUCGAUGAGGGUGUGUACUUAGACUAGAUGCAAUGGAUGUAUAGUGUG